GUUACAGGAUUUCGCACUCUGGUACUGCUUCACUCCCCCAUCCUUCACCGUCGCCGUCGCCGUUAUCCUCAGUGACAACCUGCUCCUCGUCGCUCUCAGUAUUGACGUCGGGGCUUUUGUCAUUGUCUUCUUGGUCUUGUAACGGGAGGCGCCUCCUUUUUGUCAUCUACUUGUCUCUGGUUCUCGUUUUCUCCCUAGGAGCAUUUAUUUUCUCAAUUCAAUCGAACGUUUUAGAAGUUUAUAGCGAUGUCGCAAAAUCAGGGUGAUAUUCAGGAGCGUAUUGCUGCCGCACGUAGGGAGGCAGAAAGUUUGAAGGAGAAGUUGCGUGCAAAGAAGGAGUCAUCAGCAGACACAAGCUUGCGAGCUAUGGCAGCGGAAGUAGAUGCUCUUCCUAGGAUCGUAAUGCGUCCCCGUCGGGCACUGAGGGGGCAUCUCGCCAAGAUAUACGCUAUGCAUUGGGCAGCCGACCGAAGGCAUCUCGUCUCUGCCUCACAAGAUGGAAAACUUAUCGUCUGGGACGCAUACACCACGAACAAAGUCCAUGCUAUUCCUUUACGUUCUAGCUGGGUCAUGACUUGCGCAUACUCCCCUUCUGGUAAUUUUGUUGCCUGUGGAGGACUAGACAACAUCUGUUCGAUCUACAACCUCCAGAAAGACGGAGGUAACGUGAGAGGCGCUCGGGAACUCAGCGCACACUCUGGGUACCUCAGUUGUUGUCGGUUCCUCAACGAUAGACAGAUCGUUACCUCUUCUGGUGACAUGACUUGCAUGCUCUGGGACAUUGAAGCCGGUGUUCGUGUAGUCGAGUUCAGCGACCAUACUGGCGACGUGAUGAGUCUGUCGCUAGGUCCCAAUCAAAACGUGUUUGUAUCCGGCGCGUGCGAUGCCACAGCUAAGCUUUGGGAUAUUCGUAGCGGCCGCGCAACACAGACCUUCACUGGCCACGAAUCGGAUAUUAACGCUGUUCAAUUCUUCCCGAAUGGUGAUGCAUUUGCCACCGGAUCGGACGAUGCUUCUUGCCGACUCUUCGAUAUUCGCGCCGACCGAGAACUCAACUCGUUCACUCACGACAAUAUCCUUUGUGGUAUAACUUCCGUAGCGUUCUCUAUCUCGGGACGGAUUUUGUUCGGUGGUUAUGAUGACUGGACAUGUAACGUGUGGGAUACUCUCAAAGGGGAACGUGUGGGUGUCUUGACUGGUCAUGAGAACCGUGUGAGUUGUUUGGGUGUUAGCGUCGAUGGAAUGGCCCUAUGUACAGGUAGCUGGGAUAGCACACUUCGGGUAUGGGCAUGAGCCAAUCUACCUCUUAUCCCAUUGCUUUCCCGGACACCCCCUAGUCGAAAUAUCCAAUUCCCUCCACCAACAUGCAUUGUGGUCGCCUCUCUUUCUCUCUUGUCACUGUUUGGUAUCUGUCGAAUUAUAUGACCCGUUGUCUAUCUGCCUACCUGCG